AUGGUGAUGAUAGGGAAGCUACUACGAUUUGGAAGAAGGCAACUUCACACCAUCAUUUCUCGAGAAAUAAUCAAACCCGUGAACCCAACCCCUUCUCAUCUCAACACUUAUAAUCUUUCUGAGAGCGAUCUACACGCGGACAGAGCAUAUGUGCCGCUAAUUCUCUUUUACCCAAACAAUGCCGGCGGCAAUUUAACUGCCCAAGACAAAGCCAGCGUGCUGAAGAAAUCUUUAUCUCAAAGCCUAACAAAAUACCAUCAUUUUGCAGGCAGGUUACCCACACCCACAACACCUUACAUCUAUUGUAACGACGAGGGAGUCGUGUUUCUUGAAGCUCGAAGCGAUAGCAGACUUGAUGAAUUCCAGCUUAGUAGCGCACAAGAUGGAAAUCUCGAGAAUCUAUUUGCGGAUAAUAUGGUGUGCUUCAACUCUCCUCACAACCCGAAUCUUGUUGGUGUUCAACUCAAUCACUUCGCGUGUGGUGGAGUCGGGCUUGCAGUUUCUAUGUCUCACCUCGUUGGUGACGGUUGCACUUUAGGAUCGUUCAUGAAUCAGUGGGCUUCUGUAGCACGCUAUGGAUCGCCCGAGCACAAAGAAGUACUGCCUCUGAAUCCUCAUUUCAUUCAUGUCCCAAGAACGAACUCUCCUCUGCCAGAAGCUCCAGUUAUGAACCAACAGCUUCUCAGUACUCAUGUCAUGAGAAAAUUCGUGUUCCCUAACUCAAAGUUAGGUGAUCUUAAGAAGGUUGUUGCCGAUGAUACAAUCAAUCCUACUCGGGUCGAAGUGUUAACCUCUCUACUUUACAGAACCGCGGUAGCAGCUGCUACCGCGAACUCUGGUUGCUUUAAGCCGUCUAGUUUGUUUAUGAUGGCCGAUAUACGUAAGAAUUUUGUGGACAAGCUGCCACAAACUACCGUGGGAAAUCUUCUGUCAUUGAUGAUAGUACCAACGAGGCGUGAAAGCGAAACAUCGUUAAGUAUGUUAGUUGCGGAGAUAAAGAAGCAGAAGUUGCUAAUGCGAGAAAUCCAAAGUGUGCAACAGUCGGUUGAAAACUCGAAGUUGCUAAUGCGAAAUUUGGGAAUUGAAGAUUUUGAACAUUUGGUUAAGGGAUCAUAUGCCAGUACCAGCUUAUGUGGGUUCCCAUUUAACAAAGUCGAUUUCGGGUGGGGAAAACCCAUGGCUAAAGCUCUUGCAUUUAGAUCAGUACAUAGAAAUGGGUUUCUGCUGAUGGAUACCCCAGAUGAUGAUGGCAUCGAAGCACAUGUUAUGUUGAAAAACGAGGAUAUGGAGAUAUUUCAGAAUGACAAGGAGUUGCUUUCAUUUUGCCAAGUUUAUAUGUAA